AUGAAGCAGCUGAAAGAGCACAAUGCUUCAUUAAGGCAGGAGAUGAACCUACUAAAGGAUGAUGUUAAUAAGAAAAUUCUCAACAUUGGUACUUUGCAAAUGAGUAAGGAAGGGAGAGGACAGCCAAUGGGUACAACAGCUACGACUAUGGUGGAUGCUACUCUUGCUGCAGAUGUACUUAGGCCACAACGCAAUACAUUGGCCUCGAAAUUUCCGUCUUCUCCAUACAUGGCUUCAACUUCUUCUUCUGUAAAGGAGAGUCGUCAGGGGAUCCCAGGGAUCGGAACUGGCAUGAGAAUGCCGAAUCAGAAAAUGGGGUACUACGAGGGUCGGCACCGGAUUCGCGAUCGGGAAUUCGUGAGCCCGUUUUCCGAGUUUGGGCGUGACAAGGCUUGUGUGAUCCUACUUCCAGUUAAUGGACGGUUCUCCGCCAACCUGAUCGACGGGUUUGGGUCACUGAGCAGGGGGCUUAGUCCUAUUCUUUUGGUCUUGCUAUUCUUUUGCGAUCUUGUUGGAGACAGUAUAUAUGACGGGUUCAUCGUCGAUGAUCUUAGCUUGUGUUGUUGGCCUCUCUCUCUCUACCUUUACCUCUUCCUCUCCCUCUGUGUGGAGAUAGCUUUUGUUUCAAUGAGAAAACCUUGCUGUGAUAAGCAAGACACUAACAAAGGAGCAUGGACUAAGCAGGAAGAUCAGAAGCUGAUUGAUUACAUCAGAUCUCAUGGAGAAGGUUGCUGGAGAUCCCUCCCUCAGGCUGCAGGAUUGCUUCGAUGUGGUAAAAGCUGUAGGCUACGAUGGAUAAAUUAUCUGAGACCAAACCUCAAGAGAGGGAAUUUUGCCGAAGAUGAAGAAGACCUUAUAAUCAAGCUCCAUGCGCUUCUUGGCAAUCGGUGGUCAUUGAUUGCCGGGAGAUUGCCGGGCCGCACCGACAAUGAAGUUAAGAACUAUUGGAAUUCCCAUCUAAGGAGGAAGCUGAUCAACAUGGGAAUUGAUCCCAACAAUCAUCAAUUGGGCCGCACCAUCCCAAAUCAUCAAGUUCAACACAACACUGAUGAUGCUGUAUCAUCUGGGCCUAAAAGCAAAGCAUGCCAGCCAUGUGAUCAGUUCAAGUCCAAUGAGGAGAACAAUGAUCAAAUUUCUAAUGCGACCAGCUGCCUCGAUGACUCAACAUAUGCAUUACCUGACUUGAACCUUGAUCUCACCAUGACUAUACCACAGAGGCAAGAACAGGAGGAGCCCAAAACACCCAUGAGACUCGAACAUACAAACUCCCCAACGCUUCUCCUCUUCAUAUGAUGGGACGGUGCAAUAUCAUUAAUGGCUCCUUCCUAAUGCAUAAGGAGGGUUAAUUUUAAAAAUAUAGUUACUCAUGGCAUACAUGUAAAGCAAUCCAAACCAUGAAUAAUGGGCCCAUGUUCCAAAAAUAUGCUGUCGAGGUAGAUCAAAACCAUCCGAUCAUGUAUUUUUUUAAUCAUCCUCAUGUAGCCACAAAUCGGAUGGUUAAGAUCGUCUUAUCAGUGUAAUUUCCUGGCUAGUUCCAUCCACAACGCAGCCUAGGAUUUGGAUCAACGUAGAAUGCAUGGUACAUGUAGGAUGAAUCACCGUACAUGCAUGGCACAUCAAUCCAACGCGAUUGACAGAAGCGGAUUACGUGACCAUUAGUUUGAAACCAUCCAAGACUGGUAGUUUCGAAGAUGACGAGGGGAGAGGUCGAGUCGCGACCGAUAUUAUACAAUUUAAGUGGUGUAGAUUUGCCAAGCAUCCCAUAACCGGUGUUGGGUUUUUUUAAAGCUGUUUGGCCUCUUUCUGAUAUUUUUAUCUCCGUUGUUUUUCAAUGAGCGGAAAGAGUGGGAAAUGAUAGGGUUGGUGAAUGCCAUUCUUGGAAAUGCAUGUAAUGUGAUAGUUGAAAAUGUUAUGUUGACCGGCCAAUACCAAGUUAGAAAGGCUGAUAGAACUGUCAUUCUGUAAACCCAUUUGAUGCUACGUGGAUUAUCAUUCUUGUAUAACCAUUUGAUUCUACGUGGAGUAUCUUCAUGUGUACCCAUUUCAUGCUACGUGGAUUAUUGUUCGUGUUUA